GUUAAGUCAUUGUCGGUAAUAUCGCCGAUGAAUACAUUUAUGGACCAAAUUCAUUUACGUAUUCAUCACGUUUUACAUCUUUUUUCUUAUUUCACGAAUUGACGUAAUCAAAAUUGGACAGUUCUCCAGCGUGUUUCCACUUUGUUGAUAUCCCGAACCCCGAAUUCCACUAUUUCCGACAGUCCUUUAAGGCACCGCUUUGCCCACCACCAGCAGCAGCCAUCCGCAUCAAACAGAUUUCAUUCACUGAGUGGCCGCUCCGUAGAGAACAACAGGCUACCUCCCUCUGUCCUGUGAUGCUGCACAGCUAUGGGACAAAGGAAACAAACAAACCUAUGAAUCAAGGUUGCUAUCUAACAAAGAGCCAUAAACUCAGCAUCAACAUGGGAUUCUAAAUUAUGGGAACACUGUAAAGACAGCUCCCUUUGUUAUUAUUUACAGUUUUUCUACCCUCCUAGGCUAUUUAUUGUAAACAAAUCACUUCAUAGAUAGUAUUCUGAAGUGUUUAGCUAAGGAAGGUGAUGUUCUUGUGUAUUCAGUCGAGAUAUCAUUGUUUAGUGGAUUACAAGGAUAUUUUAGCCCUGAUGUUGUGCUGUGAUAGAGGCUUCUUGUGACAGAGCAGCGCUGCUGUAAAUAGAAAUGUGGAAUAAAACAUGCACAUAACUAGAGGGGCUCAGUCAGCUCCAGUCUUACUGGCAGGGCAGAGUCUUUGCUCCAGCAUCCAGCCCUGCAGCAGCUCCACUGUGUCCUCAUGUGGCACUAGUCACUGACUGACUUGUCAGCACAGCCAGGAGCCGACUGAAGCUGAAAGUCCAGCUGCGCCAUGACUUCGUCGGACAAUGAUGAAACGGGGAGUGACCUGUCCGAGUCCCUGGAGAUCCGUGAGCUCCAGGACCAGUACACGGACCCAGAGAACUGCUUCAAGUCCAAAAGCUUGCCCAUCCUGAAUGGGCCAUGCCAGCCGGAUCGCAAGGUUGCGGAGUCUCGGCUUGUCAGCACUGCCCACACAUGCGUGGCCGUGAACGAGAGCAGCGAGCUCCAGCCAAAAACCCCGGACUCGAGCCAAGCGGAGUCCCCCUCCUCCAGGACAGACUUUUCCCCCUCUGCCUCCAGCAUGGUGGGGCUCAGCAGCUCUCUGCCCGUGGAGGGUCACAGGGCUGCAGGCUCUGGAGGCAAAAAACUUGGUUUCUCUCUCACCCGCCUUAUCCACAUCCCAGCCAGGAAGUAUGUGCGGGUCAUCCUGAGGGACUCGCGCUGCUUCCUGUUCUGCAUGUGCUACUUGACCUUCAUUCAGUCCCUGAUGGUUUCGGGCUACCUGAGCAGCGUUAUCACCACCAUUGAGAAGCGUUACAGCCUGCGCAGCUCAGAGUCCGGCCUGCUGGUCAGCUGUUUCGACAUUGGCAGCUUGUUGGUGGUGGUCUUCAUCUCCUACUUUGGCGGCAGAGGUCAGAGGCCACGCUGGCUGGCUGUGGGUGGUGUGAUCAUCGCUGUAGGGGCAGCAUUGUUUUCCCUGCCCCACUUCAUCUCACCACCCUACCAGAUCCAGGAGAUGAACUCAUCAGCGGGUCACGAAGGCCUCUGUCAGACCGGCAACGGCAGUGGGCGCGAGCUCGACGUUGCAUCGUGCCCUCGCGACCAGGAGGGCAAUGAGCACAACCUAUAUGUGGCUCUGUUCAUCUGCGCCCAGAUACUUGUCGGCAUGGGGUCAACGCCAAUCUACACCCUGGGGCCCACCUACCUGGAUGACAAUGUGAAGAAAGAAAACGCAUCUCUCUAUCUGGCCAUCAUGUAUGUGAUGGGAGCCCUGGGACCUGCAGCUGGCUACCUGCUGGGUGGCGUCCUCAUCGGCUUCUACGUCGACCCCAAAACUGUAGUGAACAUCGACCAGAGUGACCCUCGCUUUGUUGGCAACUGGUGGAGUGGCUUUCUAUUGUGUGCCAUUGCCAUGCUACUGGUCAUCUUUCCCAUGUUUGCCUUCCCCAAAAAGCUGCCUCCCCGCCACAAAAAGAGAAAGAAGAAAAAGAUGGGCUCACCGGGCGACGUGUCCAGCGAUGACGAUGUGAUGAAGGAAAAGUCCGGCAGCAAAGGCCAGAACGUCUCUUCCUCCAUGGGCUUUGGGAAGGACAUCAAAGACCUCCCCAAGGCAGCGCUGAGGAUCCUCAGCAACAUGACCUUCCUGUUCGUCAGUCUGUCCUACACGGCAGAGUGCGCCAUUGUCACUGCAUUCAUCACCUUCAUUCCCAAAUUUAUUGAGUCACAAUUUGGUAUCCCUGCCUCCAACGCCAGCAUAUACACCGGCCUGAUUAUCGUACCCAGCGCUGGAGUGGGCAUCGUGUUGGGGGGCUACAUCAUCAAGAAGCUGAAGCUUGGGGCCAGAGAGUCGGCCAAGCUGGCCAUGAUCUGCAGCGGGGUGUCUCUGCUCUGCUUUUCCACACUCUUCAUAGUGGGCUGCGAGAGCAUCAAUCUGGGUGGCAUCAACAUACCCUACACCACUGGCCCGACCCUGACGAUGACCCACAGGAAUCUGACGGGCAGUUGUAACGUGAACUGUGGCUGCAGGAUCCACGAGUACGCUCCGGUCUGUGGCUCUGACGGCAUCACCUAUUUCAACCCCUGUCUGGCUGGAUGCAGCACUGUGGGCAAUGACAGCACAGGGAUUAGGAACUACACCGACUGUGGCUGCGUGCAGAGCAGGCAGGUCAUCACCCCGUCCUCCGGUGGCCAGGUCAACCAGCUGCAGCUGGUCAUUGUUAAAACUUACCUGAACGAGAACGGCUACGCUGUGUCGGGGAAAUGUGACCGCACCUGCAACACGCUCAUCCCUUUCCUCAUCUUCCUCUUCAUCGUCACUCUCAUCACCGCCUGUGCCCAACCCUCGGCCAUCAUCGUCACACUCAGGUCUGUUGAUGAGCAGGAGAGACCUUUUGCUCUUGGGAUGCAGUUCGUCUUGCUCCGAACUCUUGCCUACAUCCCCACGCCCAUCUACUUCGGUGCUGUGAUCGACACCACCUGCAUGCUGUGGCAGCAGGACUGCGGCGUGCACGGCUCCUGCUGGGAGUACGACGUCACCUCGUUCCGCUUCGUCUACUUCGGCCUGGCCGCCAGCCUCAAGUUCGUCGGCUUCGUCUUCAUCUUCCUCACCUGGUACUCGAUCAAGCACAAGGAGGACCGGGCCGAGCGCUGGCGCCAGCACCUGCCUCCGCUGGGCACCGUCAGCGAGCUCAUCUGCCACGCCGGGGGCCAGAAAAGCCACGCCCGCACCCGCUCCUGCCCCGUGUUCAUCCCGCCCCGGCCCGACCCACCGGCCGCCCUGCUGCUCAACCGCGGCCACAGCAGCCUCAGUUGCCCCGGCAACGCCCUCAAAGCAAUAACCCCGCCCAUCCUGUUGCCGCACCACCACAGAGGCUCCGCCCACGUCUGAGAGCACGCCAAGCCUCCCUCUGAGGGUUCAUUGUGACAUGUGCCUUCCUGUUUGUGUCUCCACACAGUGUCUGUGUCUGCAUUACACCAAUCAGACCAGGCCAGUCUCCAGUGCUGCUGUAGGACUGACAGGCAGAGACACACGUAUGUAUGCCCACCAUACUUUAAAGGGCUGCUCAUUGUUGUUUAUGAAAACAGGAAACUGACAGAUGUUCUUCUACUCCGAGCAUAUCAUCAGCUGCAGCCACAUAGAAGGUCACACCUCUGCUUCAAGGAUUGGAUGAUGUAAAGACAUCACAUGGUGCUACUGUUAAAGGGCAGGGCAUUAUAAUCUCUGUACGGACAGAUGAGUCAUGAUCAACACGCCGUCUAAAGCACAACUGACAAACCUGUACUAUGCAAGAUCCUAUGUACAGCUCCUCCCGUCUCAGUACUGUACAGCUCCCUCUGUAUUCUACAUCUGUACCUCUUUCUUCUUCUUCUCUGCUCAAUACACACACACCACAAUGUUGUCGGCUCAUUCAGAAUCCAGUUUUUCCUUACAGUGAGCUGUGAACAUAUCUGCCCUAUUUCUCUCUCUUGUAUUUGAGCCAUUCCUGGUCUGUCUGGUUAAUGUGUUGUUUGCAUCUUCAAAACUGACUAUUUUUAGUUUUUUGUUUUUUUUUUUAAAUCCUCACUUUUUUUCUCUCUUUUUUCGUAACAGUGCCUCUAAGGCUGUCUCGGCCAGUCCAGUAUUCAAAGCUAGCUACCAGGGUAAAUGCUAGCUACCGAAAAGCCAGUCACUGUCCUCUCAGUUGAGUGACAAUACUCUACUUUGUUGCCCUCUGCUUUUGUGUCUGGCAACAGUUGUCACUGAUCUCAAGUCAUUGCGUCAAACGUUUCUCACUUUGGCAAGGUAACCAUGUAGCUUAAAGCCGACAAGCACCAAUGGUACAGUGUAUAAUGACUUUUACAAUGAGUCUUGACAGUGAGCAAGAAAUCAUAAAUUUCAACACACGUCACACUACAUUAUUAUUACAAUCUGUAACAAUUCAGGAGAAACAGGAGAAAGUAACAGGAAAGGUGUCUCAUCUCUGACCAUGUGCUGAAGCUACUGUGUCCUAAAGAUGUGAACAUAUCUGAAACUGGAGAGGAGAUUUAAAGGAAAAAGUGGCAAAACUGCUGUUUUCUAAACAAAUCAGAACCCCCCCAUUUAAAUGCAACUUCUUCAAGGUGAAAUGAUUUGUAGCUAAUCUAUUGCAAACAGUCGACAGCAGAUAAAAACGAUGCAUCAUUUUGGCUUUGUGUUGUAAUGGCUUCUCCAUUCUAAUGGUCAUCAGAUGUACAUAGUAGUUAUCUAGUAGUCUAGGCUUUUAAAGAAGUAGUGCAGCAAGCAUGUGAAACAUGGAACUCCCCCUUUUAUCAGCAAGAGUAAAAUCUAAAAUCUGAGUUCCUGGGUGUUUGGGGCCCUCUACUGGACAGAGAGAUGAUUGUGUGAAGGCCAGUGAAUGUUGCUGUUUGUCAGACCUACUGUACUAUGAAAUCCUUUGGUUAAAAGGUUAAUUGUUAAACUUAAUCACUGCACUGAAUUUAGCGCUCCCAAAGAUAUACCUGAGCAAAAUGCGACCUGCUGUCUUUAACAUUUACUGUGCAGGUCAUGUGACUGAAUCCAAUUUUUACAUUUUGUCUGCAACUUUGGUGGUGAAGUCCACGCAACUUUAAGUACAUGGCACGAGUCAGAUUUAUGGGUCUGAACAGAGGCAUGUUAAAACUGCUUGCAUGAGCCUUAACUGUUAGCUGAUGCCAUGUUUUAAUAGAACUGUCUAAUUUCCUUUUACCCUGGGCUCAUGUUGUACCUAAAGGAUCUUAUGGAGUUUGGAAAGACAUGAAGGAGGUGAUAAUAUGGCCUUUUUCUGUGUUAGAAAACUAGAUAUCAAGUGCAUACAAAAAGUAAAUUCAGUGGCACAUGUUUUAAAAAAGAAUUUUUAGUAAGUAUUUUUUUCUUUGGUGAGGGAAGAUAUAAGAUAAGUCUAAUAAAGUUAUUGUAUUUUAUAUUCUAAUCAGUAUGAAUUCAUCUUAGUUAUUAAACGUUUACAAAGAAAUGGCGAAUCUGAUGCAGAUGCAGUGAAAACAUUUUAAAAGUUAACAUUUCUGGCCAAGUUUCAUGGUAUUCUGCCAGGUAAAGAUUAUCACGUGGUAAAUGGCAGUGACUAAUUUUAGUAUUAUUGUGACUUAGUACCUCAAAUUACAUAUUCAUAAGUGAUCAUCGUGUAAAUAUUGACAAAGCAAAUGAAGCGUAUUAUAGAGUUCACACAUAGUUAGAAGCAUAUUUAUGAACUAACCUGUGGCAUUGUAGUUAAAAAGGAAAAAAUAAAACUUAAAGCUACAAAAAAAAAACAAACAAACAGUGGAUUUGUCUCGCGGUGCCUGAACAGUAUUAUUCACAUGGGAAGGGUUGAGUUCAGAUUAUACCAUAGGGGGGAGGGAGUUGGGUUAUUGCAAGUUUUUUUUUCUGUCAAGAGGACUACACAAUUGAGCUCAUUUGAGAAGCUGAGGUUGUGCUACUCAGAAUGUCCUUCUCUUUAUCUGUGAUGAUUCUCUACCUUUCCACAUUUAUUACACUCUCUUAAGUGAUGCUUGCUGAGUCAGCUAACAAUUAAACAUUUAUUCCAUUCACUAAAUGUUAUGAAUUCUAAUGAAACUCUUCUGGGCCUAAAAAAGUCUGGUAAAUUACCUUGUGAACAAACUUAAAAUGAAUAUAUUUGCCUUUUUUCUAAAUUAAAAAAAGGGUUAAUCCUGUGAAAGCAAUAAGUUCCUCAAGUAUUUUAGGCUGUCAAAAUUGUCCCAUCUCCAUCUAAACAAUGAGGUGAAGUAAACCAAACGGUGCACUCUUUGCUAAAAGGGGUAGAGAAUCAUCCAACAGUGCCACACAGAUCAUAUAACACAGUAAAUGCAAGGAUUUAACUGUACUGUACACCCACUACUUGGAAUUCAGUGUCCUGCUGUUCAAAUUGCCCGGCCUACUGCUACUACUACUGACACAGGCAACUUCUGGUUGACUGUAAGAUUUGCUUUAACACAUUUUUCCUUUCAUCAGUGUUUGAAACUGAAAGUGAACAGAACAGAAGCUGUUUUCUGAAAGCCAAGCUCUUAUCGCUUUGUGUUCCUCAGGAGCAGAAGUCCAAUUGAUGUUUGUGAACACUUGGUUUACAAAUGCCUUGAAUACUUGAUAUUUGUCAUUAAAAAUGGAAGAAAAACGA